UUUUAGGAAAUCUUCGGAUCAAUUGAAACCAGAAUCGACUGACAAUUAUGUGGACUUUGCUGUAUUUGGCGGAGGAAUAAUGGGCUCUUCGGUCGCCUAUUGGCUCAAUCGGCGACAACCGAAUCAAUUCACUUGUAAUGUAUUUGAGAGGGAUUUGUCGUAUAGCUCGUGUUCGACCACUCGAUCAGCCGGUGGUAUUCGACAGCAGUUUUCCAAUGAAGAGAAUAUUCUCUCGUGUUCGACCACUCGAUCAGCCGGUGGUAUUCGACAGCAGUUUUCCAAUGAAGAGAAUAUUCUGUUAUCACUCCACAGUUCAAAGUUUCUUCAAAAUAUUGGUCAAUAUUUAACAAUUCCUAACCAAAGUUCUCCAGAUGUUUGUCUCAAUCUUAACGGAUAUUUACUUUUGGCGACCGAUUCCUCCGCCGAACAACUCAUUGUAAACCAUAAACUUCAGACCCAAUUGGGCGCUCAGAUCGAGCUCUUGUCCCCAAACAAAGUGAAAGCUAUGUUUCCGUGGGUUAACACCACAGACAUAGCUUUGGCUGCAUAUGGUGUGGCCAAUGAGGGCUGGUUUGAUCCCUGGGCUCUACUCAUGGCGUUUAAAGCAAAAGCCCAG